AUGUGCGAUCCCGCUAGAGAUCCCCCUCCGCGAACGCCUAUCUUAGUCCCCCGUUCUCGUGUUUCCUCCUCUUGGGUCUCGGCGCUGAGGCAGGGAGAGGGAGAUUGGGCGUCAAGCGCAGCUGGCACGCACCUUGAGAGAGAAAGCGAUAGCGAGGCUGCGAGCGAGGCGCUGCAUGCGGCCGAGCAAGCCAGCGGCUCCUCCCAGCGUGCCCGGGCUGAGCAGCGGUACACCGCCGCGGUGAUCAAGCAGACAGAAAAAGUCAUCGCUGACACACAAGAGGUCGUUGCGAAGGCAGAGGCGGCCGCACACGCGGCUGAAGAAGAAGCGGCGCAGGCCGAGCAGCUGGCGAGCGAAAUAGAAGGGCGCGAGGCGCAAGCGCGAGAGAAGCCUGGCCUUGUCACUCCGCAGUUCAGGGGGGAGCACCUCCGACAAGGUGCAGCCGGGAAAUGA